UGUCGAUGUCAUAGAAAACAUCCAGCUACAUACAUUUUAAUAUAAAACAAAAUAUAUUUUAAAUGAAAUAACUUAAAAUAAUGUCAUUAUCAAGACUGUAUAAUGUUGUUACUAGAUAUAAAAGUACACUUGCUAAAGAUCAAGUGCAACCAAGUAAUUUCGAACAUGUGUUUUCAUUUCCUUUCGUUGGUUAUUUUGCCUUGUUAAAUCGACUUAAAAUAUACCAUUUCUUUGGAUCAUGUGCAAUUAUACCUAGUGCCGGUUUAUUAGAAUCGAUGAGUGUUUUACCAGAAACGACUUCCUUAGCCGCAUUAUAUAUAGGAGUAACAGGAGGUGCUGUUUUAUCUUUGGCUUCCUUACCAUUUAAGAAUAUAAUUGGACACAUAUACAUAAGUGAUGACAACAACUUUGUUAAAAUAUCUUCAAUUGAUUAUUUUGGACGAAGAGUAGACAGAAUUAUCAAAUCUGAGGAAUGGAUCCCUUUACUGGAUAUGAAACCAAGAACAUUAGAUGCAGUCUAUUUAAAACCAGAGCUAACUGAUGGAACAAAGUACAAGUUGCUUAUUAAGUUUGGUACUGUUAAAAAUUCUAGUAAAAUGGGAGAGGUUCUAGAAUAGAAAUAAAUAAUAGAAAUAAAUAAGAUAAAGUUUGAGUAUAUUAUAAUGUAGGAAAUAAAUAUAGAACCAAAAUACCUGAAUAAAGAUAGUAGUUAAUAAAUUAAUAUGAGUA